UAUUCUGGGCGAAUGCCUAAACCCAGUUAAACCCUACCUCCUUCAAUCCUCGAAAUAAUUCCCUUCAAACGUUCUAUUAAGAUCCGAUAAUUCCUUAAUAGAACUGUAUCUUCUGUCUCGAUUUUUGUUGAAAUGGCGUACAGGCGGAGCAUCACAGCUCGGGCGAAGCUCUUUUAUCAACAGCAGCAUCGAAUUUCUCCUUCAAUUUCAAAUGUGAAUCGCGACGAUGAUGAUUCUCACAAGUUGCAGAACGAACCGAUUUCGAGCUAUCAUGAAGGUGGGAACAAUAUCUACAACCGAUUUUUCGUAGGCAGGGAUAAUUUCAGCAAUUACCGCCGGCCAACAAGCUUUCUUCAAGGUAAGAGAUUUGCCGUGCCGGCGGUUUUUGGAGCUCGGAAUUAUUCGAGUGCGAGUGUUGGAGAAGGAGCGGCUGAUAAAAUUGAGGUUCUGAAUGAUGUGGUGACUGUGCUGGGGGAUAAGGCCGUAGAGGCUGCUCCUGCGUUGAACGAGGUGGCUAUUGCAGCGGCGGAUUCGUUUGCUCCGGUGGCCGCCCUUCAGUAUGUGAUUGACUAUGUGCACUGUUUUACUGGUUUGGAUUGGUGGGCAUCGAUUGUUGUGACAACUCUUGUUAUUCGUUGGCUUCAAGUUCCGUUUCUUAUAAAUACUCUGAAGUCCACUUCAAAAUUAGCUAUUUUACGACCAGAGUUGGAGGCAGUUAGGGAAGAAAUGAGUAAUAAGGCCAUGGACCCUAAUGCUGCUGCUGAAGGUCAGAUGAAAAUGAAAGCUCUAUUCAAAAAACAUGGUGUAACUCCACUCACCCCUAUAAAGGGACUUUUAAUUAAUGGACCUAUUUUCUGCGCUUUUUUCUUUGCUAUUCGAAACCUGGCCGAGAAGGUUCCCUCUUUUCAGGAUGGUGGAAUAUUAUGGUUUACUGAUUUGAGUACUCCGGAUAGCUUAUAUAUCUUUCCUGUUUUGACUGCAUUGACAUUUUGGAUUACAGUGGAGUGUAAUGCACAAGAAGGUAUGGAAGGGAAUCCUUCUGGUGCUAUCAUUAAAAAUGUCUUUAGGGGCUUUGCAGCACUUUCAAUUCCUCUCACUGCUGGUUUUCCGAAGGCUGUAUUUUGUUAUUGGAUUACCUCCAACCUGUUUUCACUUGCAUAUGGCUUAGUGGUAAAGAGACCUCAAGUUAAGGAGUACUUGGGCAUACCAAUUGUACCUGUCAAACCACCAUCAACUAAUCAGGAACCUGGUCUCUCAUUUAUCGAAUCCAUAAAGAAGUAUGCAGAGUCUCAAGCCGUAAAAGAAAAACAACAAUUUCUAUCAUCCUUGCCUGAACGAUCGCCGAAACCUAUGAAUCAAAGAAUAGCCUCUAAUACAGCCCUUAAUCAACGGGUUGAUGCCUUAGAGCAAAGAGUCAAGGGAAGGAAGAAAGGGAAGAAAAGCAGGUAACUAAACUGAAAAGAUAUGUUACAUACGAUUUCUCUCACUCUCAAAUAAUACCAUUCUAUCACAUGAUUCACAUCAACGGGUGGGUGUUUAAACCUAGCCCAGAGCUUUGUUAUAGGUCUACGGUGCCUAGUGUCAUUUGCUUAUUAGCGGCCUCUAGUUGUAUCCGUGUUCGCCUUUUGUCAUUGAUUCAGAUACUCAAGAUUUUGGUUGAUAGUCUAAGAUUCUUAUAGUUCAUGCCCACUUCAUGGUGGGAAAGGACAAUAACAUCAGAGUCAUGAAAAAUAAUAAAGGUAGUUCGUUACGAUA